UCUCUCUCUCUCUCUCUCUCUCUGUACUUUUCAGCUAAAGACUUCGUCUCUAACAAGUCACACAGAGCUUUUAUUCACAGAAUCUCAAUCCCUCUCUCUCUGUUCACAGAGGGGUCUUAUAAAAACGCUGUCUUUUUCUCAUCUCUGUUCCGUUGAGCUGAAAGCUCAAUUGGGUUUUGUUCAUAUAGUGUAAGUAGUUGUGAAGUAGGACUCAGAAAAGCAGCUUUGAGAUAGAUAGAAGUUGGGUUCAAUUUUCUGAUUAUGACCAAUUUUCACUGUUGGGGGCAGUUUUGAAUUUUGGGGUUUCCUUUGUUUUUACAGUCUUGGGUUUAAUCAUUGUGUUUCUGGGGGCGUAAUAGAUAUUUUGGUCAGAGAUUAUGAGCUGGUAGGUGGGAAUAGCCAACAAAAGAGGGAGACCUUGACCGGUAGAUGGGAUAGAGAUGAAACUGAACCCUAGAAAAUGAAUACUUGUACCUACAAAGCUUCUUCUUUAGGAGUUUUGAGAUAAAACCCAAGUGGUAGAUUUUUGUUUUUUUGUUGCUCUUCUUCUUCUUCUGUAGAUUGAAUUCCAAAAACCAACACACAAGUAAGAAGUGUCCUUAGUUUUCCGAUGCCGACCGACUUAGAUAACUCCUCCACAGCUUCAGGGGAGGCCAGUGUUUCUUCCUCCGGUAACCAAACAGCUCCGGCUCCAAAACCCACCACCAAGAAAAAGCGAAACUUGCCGGGAAUGCCAGAUCCAGAUGCAGAGGUGAUUGCUCUGUCUCCCAAGACCCUUAUGGCAACGAACCGAUUUGUUUGCGAAAUUUGCAACAAAGGGUUUCAGAGGGAUCAGAAUCUGCAGCUCCAUCGGCGAGGUCAUAAUCUGCCGUGGAAGCUGAGGCAGAGAUCGAGCAAAGAGAUCAAGAAGAGAGUCUAUGUCUGCCCUGAAGCUUCUUGUGUCCACCACGAUCCUUCUAGAGCUUUGGGCGAUCUGACUGGGAUUAAGAAGCACUUUUGCAGAAAGCACGGCGAGAAGAAGUGGAAAUGCGACAAGUGCUCGAAGAAAUACGCGGUUCAGUCGGAUUGGAAAGCUCAUUCUAAGAUUUGUGGCACCAGAGAGUAUAAAUGUGAUUGUGGGACUUUGUUUUCAAGGAGGGAUAGCUUCAUAACACACAGGGCUUUCUGUGAUGCUUUGGCUGAGGAAAGUGCUAGAGGUCCUUCUCAGACUCAAAAUGUGAAUUUGAAUUCAGAAUCAGACCCAAAGGUUCAAACAGUAAAUUCACCUCCACCUGCAGCAGCAGCACAGGCUUCAGUUCCAUCCCAACCCACUACUUCUUCAGCUCCGUCUCAGCCAGCAGCUCUGCCUAUUCAGGGUUCAGUUGGAGUGCCAGAGUUGCCCGAAAAUCCCCCAGAAGAUGCCCCUGCUGUGACUCAGCGGAAAGGACACUGUAGCAGCAGCAACAGCUCAAGCAGCAACGGUAGUACAAGCAGCAGUGUAUUUGCAAGUUUAUUUGCUUCUUCGACAACAUCUGGAGCAAGCUUGCAACCUCCUCAGCCUCCUGCAUUUACCGACUUAAUUCGAGCCAUGGGGCAACCGGAUCAACCAACUGACCUAGCGCCAUCUUCUUCAAUUGAGCCUAUCUCUCUUGGCCUCUCAACCAGUCACGCAUCCUCAAUUUUUGGAUCUGCAGGACAGGAGCGUAGGCAGUAUGCGCCUCCACCACAACCAGCUAUGUCUGCCACUGCACUACUUCAGAAAGCUGCUCAAAUGGGUGCAGCAGCAACUAACGCAUCGUUGCUUCGCGGGUUUGGCAUCGUCUCCUCAUCUUCUUCCACACAGCAAGAUAGCAUGCAAUGGAAUCAGCGGCAAGCAGAAUCGGACAGUGCCUCAAUUGCUGCAGGGCUUGGACUUGGUCUUCCUUGUGAUGGUUCUGGAUGGAAGGAAUUAAUGAUGGGAAGUCCUUCAAUGUUUGGUCCUAAGCAAACCACACUUGAUCUUUUGGGAUUGGGAAUGGCUGCCGGUAAUAACCCCAAUGGUGGCCUGUCAGCCCUAAUUACAUCCAUCGGUGGUGGUAUAGAUGUGGCUGCUGCAGCUGCAUCAUUUGGAAGUGGAGAAUACAGUGGCAAAGAUUUGGCAAGGAGCUCAUGAAAAUUGAAAAUGAAACGAGCGCUUUUCUCCAUCUGACUUGAGGAAUCCGUGUACAAGUAUUGGAUGUUGCAGAAUGAAGAAUGAUGGCAAGACAUAUAUAAAGUAAAAAUAUAAAAUUGCUCUAUUGGGAGGUGAGCAUCAGAACACAGGCAGUUGAGUCUUUUUUAAUGUUCUGCUGCCAUGGUGACUAAGGGUGAAAACGUCUGUCUUGCUGGUGUGGACGAUGUGAAAGAUAAAAUCAGAGAACCUUCUAUCCUGUAUUGUUUAACUAGGGGAUUUCAGCAUACUGGAUGUGUAAGCUAGAAGAAGAGGAAAGGGAAAACAUGUGUGUCUUUAAGGUGCUUUGGUGAAUAUGUGUUACAUUCUUUAAUUUUGUCAAAUUUCUGAAGCCAAGCCUAGUAGUAAAGGCUGAGUUUGAAUUUUUACCACCAUGGACUUGUAGAACUAGGCUGUAGUAGAAACUCGUAGUAGUUUGGGGCUGAUGUUGUAAAGUACUGUUUCAGUAGGCUGGUUUAGGACUCCUGGACUCGAUCAACUUCCAUCUCUUGUACUUAUCGUUAAACUAAGAUUAAGUUAUUAUGAAUAUAUAUAAUGUUUCCUAA